AUGAUAUUGGGGUCGCUCGUGAUGCUACCCCAAGAAGUGAAUCGCCUCGUCGCGCUGCUGGCGAUGCAGUCGCCGUUUCGGAAGACCUAUAUUCCCGACCCGAACCUCCCGCACGUGCUUCUAUUGGGCCACGUGGCCAGCGCCAGCGUUCUGCUUGAUUUUUUCACAGAGUUCUACCAUCCCGAUCGCAUCGUGUGUGGCCCCAACGGCGCCGCUUCGAUCAACAACAUUCCGUGCAUUAUCAUGGCACCAGUCGAGCCAAGCGAAGAAGUGCGGGCACUGCUUGUAAACCCGUUGUUUCAA